CGGCAAAGCCGCAGCCCAGCUUUCCUUUCCGGCCCACGUCACCCAAACGAGUGGCGCCGAGGCUGUACACCUUGCCGCACCGGAUUGCCUCCUCCUCACGGCGGGGACACCUGGCAUCCACAGGGUCGUACAGCGAGUUUUUUUUUAAAAAUAAUUCUUUUAAUUAAAAGAGAACAUUUUGCGGUCGAACCAGCUACGGCUCUCUCUUCGAUGAUAAACACUUCUCCAAAGUCCAAAGGGCGAAGCGAAGAAAGCUAACUAUGCGCAUUGGGCACCCGUCCGGAGAUCUCGUCGGAGACGGCCAUGGCGGCGCGCGACUCGCAGGCGAGCAUGUACCGACUGCUGCUGGACCGGUGCCAGAGCUUGGAGGCCAGCCACGUCAGACUCAGAGCCGAGUUCCAUGAGCUGCAGCACCACAACGAGAAGACCGAGGAGGAGGAGGAGGAGGAUGAUGAUGCGAUGCUGACGUCAGAGUUCUCGGUUCCGCACCGUGUCCGGGGGUUCUUCCUGUCCGGGAGUCCGUACCGGAGCAUACUGGACAACAUGGGCCACGCCGUCCACGUCUGCACGGCCUCCGCCGGAGAGAUCCAGUACUGGAAUCGUGCGGCUGAGAAUCUCUAUGGAUGGAAGGACUAUGAAGCCCUUGGACAAAGGGCUGCUGAGCUCCUCAUUGCUGAAGAGUACUAUGCACAUUUAAAGAGAAUCAUGGAAAGAUUGAAUAUUGGCUUAUCAUGGUCAGGUCAGUUUCCUUUCAAAAAGAGGUCGGGAGAGAUAUUUAUGGCAAUGGUGACAAAAAGCCCAUUGUAUGAGGAUGGUGAGCUUGUUGGUAUCAUCACUGUUUCAAGUGAUGCGGCAUUGUUUAAUAGAGUUGAAGCAGAAAAUCUGAGAACAUCCAAGGAUCAUGCCAAUGGCCAACAUAAGGGAUGGCAGUUAAACUGGAACAAGAGCCAAUUACACCCUGGCCGGCCACCGGUCGCACCAGUGCCACAGAUUGCAUCGUCUGUUUCCAAUCUGGCCUCCAAACUGCUAUCACGAAAUGAUGACAAUGGAUGCAAUCCAAGUGAGGUUAACAAGGCAAGGGAGAACUCUACAGCAGACACUGGAAAAGCUAACUUAGAGAAAGCUGGUACACUAGCGUCUAAGUUCUUGGCAAAGUUGAACAUUAAAGGAGCCAACAAAGGUGGGAAAGAAGAUUAUGAAACAUCUCAAAAAAAUGGCAGAAAUGAUGCUAAUCUAUUUAGCAAUGAAGUGACAAAGCAGCCUAAUUCCCCUAGAAAUUCAAACGCAUCAAGUGUAUAUGGGCAUAAGAAUCCGAUUGAUUUAGAUGAGAGUUCUGUCUUAGCCUCUUCAAGGGAGUGCAAUGAGUAUAUUGGGUUGCAUAGACCAAAUCAUCUAUUGCCAAAAUUACACUAUGCAAAUGAUCCGGGGCCUGAAGAAUGCAACUUGAAUGCUUCAGAGGUAGAAGAUGCAAUGCAAAAACAACCAGAUGGUCAACCAUUACCUAGUUCGGCAGAGAGCACUCGCAGCCCCAGUAGUUCAUCAAGCAAAGGGGUUAAUAAUUCUACUUCCAUAGGAGGUUGUGAGAUUCGUUGGGAGGACUUACAUUUGGGAGAGGAAAUUGGACAAGGUUCCUGUGCUAUUGUAUAUCGUGGAAUCUGGAAUGGAUCGGAUGUUGCCAUUAAGGUUUACUUUAAAAAUGAAUACAGUGAGGGGGUUUUGCAUGACUACAGAAAGGAGAUUGAUAUAAUGAAAAGAUUGCGGCAUCCUAAUGUGCUGCUAUUUAUGGGAGCAGUAUAUUCACAAGAACGUCUAGCUAUUGUCACAGAGUACCUACCUAGGGGAAGUCUUUUCAGACAACUUCACAAAAACAAUCAAGCAUUGGAUAUUAAACGACGUAUGAGGAUGGCCCUUGAUGUUGCGAGAGGUAUGAAUUACUUGCAUCGUAGAAAUCCACCUAUAGUUCACAGAGACUUAAAAUCGUCUAACUUGCUGGUUGAUAAGAACUGGACUGUCAAGGUUGGAGACUUUGGUCUGUCGAAGUUAAAGAACGCAACCUUCUUGACUGCAAAAUCUGGGAGAGGAACACCUCAGUGGAUGGCACCUGAAGUCCUCCGAAAUGAACCUUCAAAUGAGAAGUCUGAUGUAUUUAGCUUUGGUGUCAUCCUUUGGGAACUAAUGACUGUAUCGGUCCCAUGGAAUAACCUCAAUCCCUUGCAGGUUGUUGGAGUUGUAGGCUUCAUGGAUAGAAGAUUAGACAUACCAGAAGGCCUCAAUCCCGAAGUAGUAUCCAUUAUUGAAGACUGUUGGCGAAGUGACCCGGGACAGCGUCCAUCGUUUGAAGAUGUGAUUCAGAGAAUGAAGGACGUAGUUAUCAAAGUUGAAGCAGCUUCAGUAAGAAGAAAGUUCAAACCCUUGAAUUAGUAGUGAUUUAGGUUACACUUAGGGAUAUACCUUUUUGCUAAUCAUUAAUAAACAGUUGAGAAAAGGGCUGAUCAGAUCAACUGUCUGACACAUGAUGGUUCGAUUUUCACUGCAAUUGUAUUCAUCGUUCAAGUGGAAAUGAGGGAAAGAAAAGGGUAUCAAUCCCUGAAAUGUUGCCUAGUACGGAAUUAUACGUGUGCUUUCGCUACCAUGAUUACUUUUUCCUUUUUCUAUUCCUUCGCUUCCCAUGGUUGAAAACUUCUUUGCACUGUGCUAGUAAUCCUUUUGUACUCAAUUUGAAGAUGCAGUUUGUUAGUAUAGAUUUUAUUGUAUAUUGGCAUUCCUAAUACAAAACCUAGAGUCUUAGUCUAAGUUAGAAGUGUGCCAAUCAUUGGAGUGAAGACCUAGUCGAAGGAAAAGAAAAAGACUCAAUGCUUCAGUUGACUCCUCAAGGUACUUCACAGGUAAUUGCAUAUGCAUCUCAUACGUUUUGUGUCUUUAUGCAUACUAGGAUUGAUGCAUGUGUUGCAAUCCCGGUUAGGUCAGAAUAUGUGAGUUGGUCUGUGUUCGAUUUCUUUAGUUAGGAGAUCUUUUGUGCAUUAUUGCUGUCAGUCAUUAAGUUGUAAAAGGAUAUUUAUUCUACAUGAUUUGUUCAGUUAAGUCUAUCUUUUUCAUUAGGGAUAAAAUCAUGUUUAUUUGUAGAAUAUCUUUAGGAUAUGUCUCUUCCAUAUAAGGAGUCAAUUAGGUUUUGGUGUCUUUAUUGUCCAAAGUUUUAGGGGGAGUCUGCAUAUUAUAAACAGCAAUAAAAUGUGUUCAUGGUGCUUGCCUUUGAUGGGAAAAAGAUUGUAUUCAUCCAUUGUGAUUUAGAAAAAGGCUUCAUUCAUCUUUGAAUAGUGAUGUGCUUCAAAUCGUAUCAGUAAUCUACUUGUUCCAUGUUAAAGUAGAUUGGUGAGUCAAACACUUUUUCAUUUAUCAAUCAUAUACUGCAUAUCAAGUACUCUCGAGGUCAGUUGGAGUUGUUGAUGUGCAAAGAAGGUUGAAGGUCGAGGUCAGUACCUGUCAAUCCUACCAGUGAGAGCAGUUCAUUAGUGGAGAAGAUUUACGAAGACGUGAUCAUACAGCCUUCUACAAUGUGUCUAGUAAGUAUAGCCGAGGUCAGUGCUAUUGGUUGUUUGUAAGAGAACUCGUAUCUUUCCAUUAAGUGAAUUGGUUUUCACUAGGGCUUUAGAGAGUUAAGGCCCCGCAAUUGUUUUCCUCAUUUUGAGAUUUUUACUGCGCAAACAAUUCUGGUGUCUCUUGAUCGCUGUGUGAUUGUGUUUACCUUUCUUUUAUGCACUUUAUCUACACUGUUAUAUUCAGGGGUUCAUAUCUGUGUUUCAAUCCUUUAACGCUUCUUGUUGGAGUUUCUUGUAUUAAGGAAAAAUUGUGGUUUCUGUAGGGAAAGCCUAUUUACCCCCCUCUAGGCCUUUUAGUUUCAUCCCAAUAUUUUCACAGUUUUAGUUUGCUAUUUCACUCAUGAGUUGAAUCGUGCAACAACAUCCAGCAUAGGCCUGGCAUCUGAGCCCGUGACCCGCAAACCCGCCCGAAACCCGCACGGUAAAAGCCCGCACGAACCCGUCCAUUUAUUAAAUUCGUGCUAAAAAAACCCGCACGCAAAAAGCCCGCAAAUUAACGAGCCUUGCGUGCUAAACCCACUGGAACCCAUGGAACCCGUUUACUUCCAAACAAACCCACUUCGAGUCUUCGACCCUUUCCGUCAUUCACCAAAACGCAACUCUCUCUGGAACUCAACCCAAUCUGAUCUGGGUUUGCUGCACUGAGGUAGACGCACACUCACGCCACUCCCUCUCUCUCUCUCUCUCUCUCUCUCUCUCUCUCUCUCUCUUCCAGAUCUGAAACCCAGAGACCCCCCAGAAGCCCUUGGUUCAGCUACAAGGACGAUCGCGAAAAAGAGCGUGCUGAAUUGGAGGAUCUUACUGAAGACGUAUUUGAUUUGACAUUGCAAGAUAGAUCUGGAGAAGGAGAAAGCCGCAAUUAAGAUGACUUAGACGUAUUUUAUUUAGUACAUUAAAAAUGUAUUUUAUUUAGUACAUUAAAUAUGUAUUUCGAACCUAUCGAAAUAUUUAAUUAUAUCUACUAGCUUAGCUCAA